AAUUUUCAGUCGCCAGUACGCAUUCUGACUGGGCCGCGUGCGCACAUUAAAAAAUUUCGAUAUAAAACACGAUUAGUGAAAAUAAAUGGUGAAAGUGUGAGUCUGAUUCUGAAAUAUAUAUUCUCGAAAUGAAAGUUCUUCCGGCCGAAGAUAAGGUUGCGAGGGUUGCUAGUAGGCCUUCUGUCGUGGCAGAUGUGUCUAAAGAGAUAAGAGAUGAAUUGAACAGAGGCUGUCCCCUAGGCGUAUCACGGGUCAUUGAUUUCGUUUACAUAUGUGGAGCACACGCUUUGCCCGGCGCUGUUAAGACCCUGCGACCAAGUCUGGUGGUAAAUGCCGCCCCAGAACUACCACCACCACCAGAAGACUAUGUACCGCGACAUUAUGUACCACUAUUGGACACACCCAAUUCCGACAUGCAUCCUUAUAUGGAAAGCGUCGCUGACUUAAUAAAUGAAGUAGUCUCAAGAGAUGAAGCGGUAUUAGUUCAUUGUGUUGCUGGUGUAUCAAGAUCCGUCACGUUGUGCUUAGCAUACCUUAUUAAAUGGCACAAAAUGACACUCAGAGACGCGUAUCACCAUAUGAAAAGGCGAAGGCCGCAAAUACGACCGAACACUGGAUUCUUUAAGCAGCUAAUAAAAUACGAGGAGAGAUUAUUUGGCGAAGCCUCCGUGAAAAUGGUGUAUUGUGAAGCGAUCGACAAGGAAAUCCCGGACGUGUAUGAGCCGGAUUAUAGGGGAAUGACCUGGUUCAGACAGCGGUAUGGGCCUAUUGAGAAUUGUUAAAAAAAUCUUUGACUCAUAUAAUGUGAGCGCAAUUUUUUCUCCUAUAUGUUAAAAACAUUUGACAGAUAGAGUUGGUUCGCUCGCCAGCCUAGCGAUUCUGUCUUGUAGUUUAUUGAUUAUCAGAAUGCCUAAUCGUAAAAUGACUGCUUUACGACUGAUUUGAGCGCAACCGCCGCUGUAAAAACCGCUGUGUGAGUUCGAAAAGUGAGUUACAGAAUAGCAAGGCUGAAGUUAAUAUAUAUGAAGAACGGUGCAACUCGGCUUCGAAACUUUAUGCCCCAUUUGUUAAUUGUAAGCCUAGUGUACUAUUAUUUUGACCUUGCGAUUAGAUCUAAUUAGACAAUUAUUUAUUUGUUUAAUCGAAAAAUAAUAAUUGACAAACGAAUAUUUAUUGUGUACUUCAAGUCUGCAGAACAAAACUGUCCUUCAGCUUCAUCUUUAAUCUGAUUUUACUAUUUAUAUAAAGUAAAAAAAAAACCACUAUUGUAUUAAUUAGCCUAGGAUCAAACAUUGAAGUCAUAUGUUGAGGAAGCUAUGUAUAGCUAUUAAUUCGUAGUUAUUAAUGUGUCAGCAAAAAUAGUCCAAAAAUAUAUACAUUGCGUGUUUCAGACAUUAGUGACAGAAACAUUAGCUUUUUCAUAAACGUCAAAUAAUUUCAGUUUAACUUUUGGUCUAAAAAUAUAUUUAAAAGUCAAUUGCGCUAGCUGUUACAAUAUAACUUCGGAUAUACAGCAAAGUAUAGUUACAGUGUAAUUUAGGAGAUAUGUUAUUUCCUUCAUACUAUCAGUAUAUUCCGACUAUCAGUUUCAUAUACUUGUUAACAGAAUUUAAAAUUAAUAUUGCUUGAUAUUAUAAGAAGUAGUUAUUGAUAUUUUAAGAAAUAGAUUAGGUACUUAUAAGACUGAAAAUGUGUGCAAAAUGUAUGUGUUGAAUAUACGAUUGUGAUAUGUAUAUUCUAUUUUGAAGAGGGACCAAAUAAAUGAAUUUUAUAUCA